AUGCUCAGAAGCACAAGAAGGUUAUAUAGCCAUUCAUCCAGUUAUCGUGGGGUGAAGAAUUUGAAGACACGACUAACUGAAUUGAUUCCAGAAAAGAAAGAAGAAUUGUUAAACAUCAAAUCCAAAUUCAACAAUGUUAAAGUUGGAGAUAUCACAAUUGGUUCUAUAAUUGGAGGUAUGAGAAAUAAUUCGUCGAUGUUUUGGCAAAGCACAACUUUAGAUCCUGAGACUGGCAUUAGAUUUCAUGGUCGAACCAUUGAAGAUUGUCAGAAACUGUUACCAAAGGUGAAAGAUGGCUCCAAGAGUAAUAGUUUCUUACCAGAAUCAAUGCUGUGGCUAUUAAUGACAUCUGAAAUCCCAACACAGGAUGAAGCAAACUCACUAAGUAAAGAAUUAGCUUUGAGGGCCAAGUCACUACCUCAAGAGACUAUUAAGCUUUUAUCAGAUUUGCCUCAAGAUUUGCAUCCAAUGACACAACUUGUUAUAGGAUUAGCAUCAUUAAACAAAUACUCCAGUUUCUCCAACAAAUAUGCAUCAGGUCAACUUGGUAAGGAAAAUUAUUGGGAUUCUACAUAUGAAGAUGCAAUGAAUUUAAUAGCUUACUUACCAGAAAUUACAGGAAGAAUAUAUUCAAAGAUAACAGGUAAUGGAGGGGAACUGUUAGGGGUCCUUAACGAAGAUAAAGAUUGGAGUUAUAACAUCUGUUCCAUGCUAGGAAUGGUUAAUAGUACCGACUCCAGCAAUCGUUGUAACCUAACUAAAUCCCAGUCUGAUGAUUUCAUUGACCUCAUGCGUUUGUAUACGGGGAUACAUGUAGAUCACGAAGGUGGAAAUGUAUCAGCUCAUGCCACGCAUUUAGUUGGAAGUGCAUUGAAUGACCCUUUUCUAAGUUAUUCGUCAGGUAUUUUGGGUUUAGCUGGUCCAUUGCAUGGGUUGGCAGCACAAGAGGUUGUAAGGUUUUUGAUUCAAAUGAACUCGGAAAUAACCUCCAUCGAUGAUGAUCAACAGAUUAAAGAUAGGUUAAAAAAUCUUUUAGAUUCCAGGAAAGUCAUUCCUGGAUAUGGCCAUGCCAUAUUAAGAAAGCCUGACCCUAGAUUUAAUGUGAUGUUGGAUUUUGUGGAAAAAAGAAAGUUCACUGAGUUCAAAGAUGAUGACAAUAUCAAAUUAAUGCAAAAGUUAUCUACAUUUGCACCCCAAGUCUUAUUGGAGCAUGGUAAAACAAAGAAUCCUUAUCCAAAUGUUGAUUCAGCUUCAGGUAUUAUCUUUUAUCAUUAUGGAUUAAAGGAAUUAUUAUUUUUUACUGUGAUAUUUGGUUGUUCAAGAUCAAUGGGUCCUUUAACUCAACUGGUUUGGGAUAGGAUUUAUGGACUCCCCAUAGAAAGACCAAAGAGUGUUGAUAUUGCUCAACUUAAGGCAUUAUGUAAAGUGAACUAA